CCCUUCCUAGAUCUCGAUGCUGCUCCCCACCGCCUUUUUAUCUCGCUCGCUCGGCGCGCCCGGAGGACCACCGAGAGACCGACUCACUGACUAAAUCCCCGGCGAGCAGGCUGCCACGAAAGGACACAUUAUUUCUGCAACCAGCUGCGAGACGGCUUCGCUCGGCUUUGCAUCAGGAAGUGUACUUUUUGCGAAACAUGGCAAGUGCAGAGUUUGCCGGCGGCGUGCAGGGCCUCCUCGAUGCUGUCCUCGCCGACACGCCGGCGCCCUAUUUGCCAGCCAACCCCCAAAAUGUGUCGGCGUUCAACAACUCUUUUUUCCCUGGAGAAAGGUGCGUCCCGGAUAUGAUCCCGUCCGUUGCGGAUUACCUUUCAGCUAUAGAAUUCGCCGGAAUCCUCUUGCUGUGCUUAGGGAUGGUCGCCCUCAUCUCCGUAUUUGUGCUUUUCGCGGACUGCGUUUCCCACGUAUUGCAACACGGCCUCCCACAAGCCAAGUCGAGCACUAUUCUUGUUAUUUCUGUGUACCCAAUUGUAGCAGUGGCUAUAAUGAUCGCGUCGAUUUGUCCACGCGCUCAGUUGAUCUCUGAAGCCACGACGCAGCUGGCUUUCACCACAGCGUGGUACAACUUCUUCUGUCUGCUCCUCGACUACAGCGGCGGCAAAUCGGCCAUCCUCAACUCCAGUCACAAUAGCUCGCAGAACCAAAUUCUCACGCCUAGAGUGCCCCCUCUGUGCUGCUUCUGGUGCUGCAUGCCGCGCCAAAUCGAUGUUAAACCGCAGAGCCUAGCGUUUAUGCGGUGUCUGGUGGUGCAGUUACCCGUGGUGCAGGGCCUGAUUUACCUCACGUUGAUGGUCGUGGCUGCCGAAAGCCUGUCAGUGUCUGCUGCCCAGCACACACUUUACGCGGCUCCCGUUAUGUUCAUUUCGAUAUUUUCAGCUUUGUGGGGAAUGGGAAUGCUUGCGCGAUUUUUGGGUCCUGGCCACCUUCAGGGCUACUUUGUGCCGCAGAAGAUGAUCUCGCUGCAGUUCGUGCUGAUCUUCUCGAAACUGCAGGGACUGGGCAUCCGCGUGGCCGCUUGGGCCGGCGCCUUUCCCUGCCACCCGUCGCUGCCACCGACCGUUUUUGCAAAUCUGGUUUACAACACUUUGAUGAUGACUGAGAUGGUGGUGCUGAUGGUGAUUGCCUGGCGCCUCUACAAGAGACCGCUGCCCGCCGACAAAAGCGCUCACUUCGCCUGCGAGGAGCCGCCGACAUCAAAGCUGCCGUCCAUCAGUAGCGUCAUUUCUGAGAGGGUCAGAUCGUAAAUCUUUUCUUUGUGUGCUUCAACACCUCUGGAUCUCCCAAAACAACUGCUUUCAAAGAGAUUAAUUUAAAUUAUUUAUUUCCCUUCACUGUCUCUUCAUUUGCUCCUUGAAGCGGUGAAAAUCACUGCGCGACCUUCAAUCGCGAGAGAGUGAACCAUUUCGUCUCGCAUGAAUGUAAAGAACAGUAUAAAGCAAGCCAAGCGAUAAACUUAAGAGAUGUCUUGACGUGAUUAAAGAUACGGAACUAUAUAUAGUUUUAAUUUAAUAAAACCUUCGAAGAAAA